AUGUCCCGGACACUAAAGAAGAAGAAACACUGGACCAGCAAAGUGGUGGAAUGCGCGGUGUCGUGGGGGAACCUCGGGGAGUUUGGCUCCGUGGUGGAAAUCCUCGGAGGCGCGGAGCUGGGAGAGUUCCCGUACCUUGGCCAAAUGAAGCUGGACGUGCUGGUGUGUCACGUCGGGAAACUGCCCUACUAUGGAGACGUUUUGCUGGAGGUGAACGGCACGCCGGUCAGUGGACUUACAAACCGCGACACCCUGGCGGUCAUCCGUCACUUUCGGGAGCCAAUUCGUCUGAAGACUGUCAAACCAGGAAAGGUAUUGAAUACCGACCUGCGCCAUUAUCUCAGUCUGCAGUUCCAGAAAGGCUCCUUGGACCACAAGCUCCAGCAGAUCAUUAGGGACAACCUCUACCUACGCACCAUCCCCUGUACCACACGGCUGCCGAGGGAAGGAGAGGUGCCAGGAGUAGACUACAACUUUAUCAGUGUUGGGGACUUUAGGAUCUUGGAGGAAAGUGGACUUUUGCUGGAGAGCGGCACCUAUGAUGGUAACUACUACGGCACCCCCAAGCCCCCAGCAGAGCCCAACCUGGUGCAGCCGGACCUGGUGGACCAGGUGCUGUUUGAUGAGGAAUAUGGCAGCGAGAUGCCCAGGAAACGCACCACCUCAGUCAGCAAGAUGGACAGGAAGGACAGCGUGGUCCCCGAAGAGGACGAUGACGAGGAGAGGCCACCGCUGGUCAAUGGCCUGCCGGACCACAAAGAAGGUGCAGAGUGGAGGAAGACGGUGCCCAGCUACACCCAGUCCAGUAGCACCAUGGACUUCCGUACAUGGAGCUCCCUUCCCCGCGACGACAGCCUGGAGCCCCUGCCACUCAACUGGGAGAUGGCCUACACUGAGACUGGCAUGGUCUACUUCAUCGAUCACAACACCAAGACCACCACAUGGCUGGAUCCUCGCCUGGCCAAGAAGGCCAAGCCCCCUGAGAAGUGCGAAGACGGAGAGCUUCCCUACGGCUGGGAAGAGAUUGACGAUCCACAGUACGGCACAUACUAUGUUGAGUAAGUGGACUGCAGCCACAUCAACCAGAAGACCCAAUUUGAGAACCCAGUCCUGGAGGCGAAGAAGAAGCUCAGCCAGGAAUCAGCUAUAGUACAAAAAGCGACCUCACCUCCUCAAGGCAAGGGAGGUGCACCUGGAUUCACCACAGACCCCAGCCAGCUCAAGGGUGAGAUGUACCACACGGCUCUGAGGAAGAGCCCCCAGGGAUUUGGCUUCACCAUCAUCGGCGGUGAUCGCACAGAUGAAUUCCUGCAGGUGAAGAAUGUCCUUAGUGACGGCCCUGCAGCCCACGACAACAAGAUGGCCUCUGGCGACGUGAUCGUGGAGAUCAACGGGACCUGUGUACUGGGUAAGACCCACCCAGAGGUGGUUCAGAUGUUCCAGUCCAUCCCAGUCAACCAGUACGUGGACAUGGUCCUUUGCCGUGGCUAUCAGCUUCCCCCGGAUGUAGACCUGGACAGCGAUGACCCACCUCCCCCGCCACCCCCUCCCCCGCCGGCCACCCAGCACCAGCAGGGUCUGCAGGGGGGUGAGGUAGUGACUGCUGUGCCCCUGAUCAAUGGGCAGCCACUACUGGUGAAGGGUGAAGUUCUCCAUGGCUCCUCCCAGGAGCUCCACUACGUCACUACGGAUGCCAGUGGGCGCCCCGUGGUGGCCGCCAUGCCCAACGGGAGGCAGGGAGAGCGGGCGGAGGCAGCCUCGGGGAUGCUACAGCCAGAGCUGGUGAGUGUGCCUCUGGUGAAGGGGCCGGGUGGAUUCGGGUUCGCCAUUGCUGACUGCCCGCUUGGGCAGAAGGUGAAGAUGAUCCUGGAUGCCCAGUGGUGCCGCGGGUUGCUGAAGGGGGAUGUCAUAAAGGAGAUCAACAGGCAGAAUGUCCAGACUCUGAGCCACGCCCAGGUGGUCGACAUCCUCAAAGACUUGCCUGUGGGCAGUGAGGUCAAUGUGCUGGUUCUGCGAGGAGGUCAAACGUCCCCUGUGAAAAGCCUAAAGCCAAGACAAGAAAUGACCGCCAGCACAGAGACCCUUGACUGUAUGAGCGACUCAGCCCCCCAAGCCCUGCCCUACCUCUCCAAUGUCAGCACCCUGCGCUCCUCCGACUCCCCCAAACGAGACGCCACAGAGAUGUACCUCAAAUCCAAGGCCCUGCUGGAGAGCAGACAACCUCACACCAAAGAUAUCGACGUCUUCCUGAAGAGAGACAUUGAGACAGGCUUUGGCUUCCGUGUGCUGGGAGGAGAGGGUCCAGAGCAGCCAGUUUACAUCGGGGCCAUUGUGCCCAACGGAGCUGCAGAGAAGGACGGUCGUCUGAGGGCGGGAGACGAGCUCAUCGGCAUUGACGGUGUGAUGGUCAAAGGUCGUUCCCACAAGCAGGUGCUGGACCUAAUGACCAACGCUGCCCGUAACGGUCAAGUCAUGCUGACCGUGCGCAGGAAGGUCAUCUACAGAGAUGUGACAGAGGAGGAGGCACAGAGCAAGGCGCCAGUAGUGGUGAACGGCUCUCCCAGGCCAGCCCACAUCCCCAUGCCCAGCGCUCUGGACCAUGAAUCUUUCGACAUCACCCUCCACCGCAAGGACACAGAGGGCUUUGGCUUUGUCAUCCUCACCUCCAAGAGCAAACCCCCACUUGGAGUGAUCCCACACAAGAUUGGCCGUAUCAUUGAAGGUAGUCCCACUGACCGCUGUGGCCUGCUGAAUGUUGGAGAUCGUAUCUCAGCAGUCAACGGUCGCUCCAUCAUAGAACUAUCUCACAACGACAUUGUUCAGCUCAUCAAGGAUGCUGGGAAUGUUGUUACCCUCACAGUGGUCCCAGAGGAUGAAUACAAGGGCCCUCCAUCUGGAGCCAGCUCUGCUAAGCAGAGUCCAGCCCUUCAGCACAGAACUGUAGGUCAAAGGUCAGGACAGCAGGAUGAACGUUAUAACCUAGACUUGGAAGAGAAACGGGAGGGAGUCAACUGGUCUGACUACAAAACUCUUCCUCCUAGUGAGCAGGGAACGCUGUGCGUGACAGGACCUAACCAGGGUUGCUUGACAGUGGAACUGGAGCGUGGUCCCAGGGGCUUUGGCUUCAGUCUGCGUGGAGGAACAGAGUACAACAUGGGACUCUACAUCCUGAGACUUGCCGAGGAAGGACCCGCUCUUCUGGAUGGCCGAAUCCAUGUUGGAGAUGAGAUAGUGGAAAUCAAUGGGGAGCCGGCUCGCGGCAUCUCCCAUACAAGGGCCAUUGAACUGAUCCAGGCUGGAGGAAACAAAGUAGUCCUUCUGCUGAGACCUGGGGCUGGACUAGCUCAAGAUAACAGUAGUACAGCUUCUUCUACUGUGUGCUACUACACUAAUGAACACCAACACUAA